AAACCUCUUUCCUCCUCCCACACCCUGUAAUACCUGCAUCAAAUUACUGUGCAUGGGCUCCCAUUGACACUGUCAAACCACACCAGGAAAUGAGGGGCAGCUUUUAAUUCUUGGGGUUUUAUGUCAGAUUGAAUCGGGGUAACAGAAGUAUUUUGACAGUCUUUAUCGGGGUUAGUGCGGUGUGUGCACAGGAGCCUGAGGUGGGCUCUUUAAUGAAGCCCCAGACGUGAGCCUGUCGGUGGGGUUGAAUGCAGGGGCUGCUUCGGUGGAGCCGUGUCAGCAGUAGCAGGCAGCUCAGCCACGGACGAGACCGGGACGAGAACCGGAAAGGAGCGGCUAAUACCGGCCACUGACUGUCAUUUAGAGGGAAAACCCCAGUUAUAUUGCAGCUUGUUCCGAACCAGUCCCCUUUUGACUUGCUAACUAGUUGUUAGCCGCCUGGCUAACCUGGCUGCCGGUUAGCCAGCGCUAGCAGCGGUAGCGGCUAACCUAGCUUAGCUGUUGGCAGGCUGGUUACCCAGGAAGGGCUUCCAAGAUGAGGCUCAAAGUGGGAUUUAUUCUGCGGAGUUUGCUCGUCGUUGGGACGUUUCUGGGUUUGGUGGUGCUCUGGUCUUCUUUAUCACCAAAACCCAGCGAUGAGAGUCCUUUUGGGAAACCGGAUGACAGUGUUUUGCCUAAAGGAGACCCUGCGGAGAACUUUAAGCCAGUGGUGCCCUGGCCUCAUGUGGAAGGCGUGGAGGUCGACCUCAACUCCAUAAGGCUCAAACAUGGAGGAGGAAACAAUGCUCAGAACCCCGAACAGCAGCCCAAUCAGAAACAGGUGAUCCAGCAGCAAUAUGUGACAUUCAAGCCUCACACACACCCCCACACCAGCCCUGUCCUAAAGAAGGGUGUCCUGGGAAACUUUGAGCCCAAGGAACCUGAGCCUCAAGGGGUCCCUGGUGGUCCUGGCGAGGGAGCAAAACCUUUUGUUUUGGGUCCAGAGUACAAAGACGCCGUCCAGGCUUCCAUCAAAGAGUUUGGCUUCAACAUGGUGGCAAGUGACAUGAUCUCACUGGACCGAACCAUCAGUGAUAUACGUCAUGAAGAAUGUAAGUAUUGGCACUAUGACGACAGACUCCUGACCUCCAGUGUGGUGAUAGUUUUCCACAACGAAGGCUGGUCGACACUAAUGCGAACCGUCCACAGUGUCAUCAAGAGGACACCAAGAAGAUACCUUGCUGAGAUUGUCAUGAUUGAUGACUUCAGCAACAAAGCUCAUCUGAAGGAGCGUUUGGAGGAGUACAUCAAGCAAUGGAACGGUCUGGUCAAAGUCUUCAGAAAUGAGAAGAGAGAAGGUCUCAUCCAGGCCAGAAGUAUAGGAGCCAGGAAGGCAACAAAAGGACAGGUGCUUAUCUACCUGGAUGCCCACUGUGAGGUUGGAAUCAACUGGUAUGCUCCACUGAUUGCUCCUAUUUCACAGGACAGGACAGUAUGUACAGUGCCACUUAUAGACUACAUAGAUGGUAAUGAGUACAGUAUGGAGCCUCAGCAGGGUGGAGAUGAGGAUGGCCUGGCUAGAGGUGCCUGGGACUGGAGUCUGCUCUGGAAGAGAGUCCCACUCAGCCAGAAAGAGAAGGCCAAGAGAAAACAUACCACCCAGCCAUACCGGUCUCCGGCCAUGGCAGGUGGUUUGUUUGCUAUUGAGAGAGAUUUCUUCUUUGAGCUGGGUCUGUAUGACCCAGGAUUGCAAAUUUGGGGAGGAGAGAAUUUUGAGAUAUCAUAUAAGAUUUGGCAGUGCGGAGGGCAGCUGCUCUUUGUACCGUGUUCUCGUGUUGGUCAUAUCUACAGACUUCAAGGAUGGCAAGGAAACCCCCCACCUGCACAUGUUGGGUCUUCACCAACACUGAAGAACUAUGUCCGUGUAGUGGAGGUUUGGUGGGAUGAAUACAAAGAUUAUUUCUACGCCAGUCGUCCUGAAACUCUGACUCUUGCCUACGGAGACAUCAGUGAGCUCAAACGCUUCAGGGAGGAACAUCGAUGCAAGAGCUUCAAAUGGUUCAUGGAGGAAAUAGCGUAUGACAUCCCUCUGCACUAUCCUCUGCCUCCUAAAAAUGUAGAAUGGGGGGAGAUUCGGGGCUUUGAGACAAGUUACUGUAUUGACAGUAUGGGACACACAAAUGGAGGGAAUGUGGAGAUCGGACCCUGCCACAGGAUGGGAGGCAAUCAGCUGUUCCGUAUUAACGAGGCCAACCAGCUGAUGCAGUAUGAUCAGUGUUUGACCAGAGGAAGUGAUAAUUCUGCCGUCAUCAUCACACACUGUGAUCAGAACCAGCACACAGAGUGGAAAUACUUCAAGGAUCUUCAUCGAUUUACCCACGUUCCAACAGGUAAAUGUCUGGACCGCUCUGAUCUGCUCCAUAAAGUGUUCAUAUCAGACUGUGACACCAGUAAAACCACUCAGAAGUGGGAGAUGAACAACAUAGUGGCUGUAUGAAGACUGGACAAUCUGCACUAUGAAAACCACUGGGAGCUGGACAAUGAACAUAGCAACCGUAUGACAACAUACGCACUGAUUAAGACUCACCAACAAAUACAUCCAUACCAUAUGUUUACAAAUGUGAAGCUGAUACUGUCCUUUUAAAGAAGAAAAUCAUGUUUCUAGAAUGAGCCACUCAGAGGAAAUGGAGUUCUGAGUAUCAGCUAUUACCAGCUUCAGUCUAAACAAGGUGGUGUCUGCCUCCAAAAAAUGCCUUUGUCAAACUCCAUGCAAAUAUACUUCAUACAGAACAUACAGAACCAGAACAACACUCACAGAAUGCAGAAUAUAGACACAGACACUCCAGAUGCACUGGUUAGAUCAUAAGUGGUCUUCAAAGAGGCAUUUUGGACAAAACUGAACUGAAAACAUGUGGUGCCCCGUCUGUCUGUCUGUCUGUCUGUCCGUCCAUCUAUUUGUCUGUCUGUCUCUGUCCACCUGUCUCUGUCUGUGUGUCCUUUUUAAGGUGGUUGUGUUUACAUGGUGACUCAUCUGUUCUUUUGCUCUCUCAGGUCUUUUCUAUACAAGAAUAUUAAUUCAUGAAUGAAUUACAUCGAUUCUAUCAAAUUCUUAUUUGGAAAUCUCAAUCUACUGCUAGUGAAAUUAUCAGCUCAUUUACCAAAGAGGUUUUUUUUUUUUUUUUUUUUUGGUGGUGGUGGUGGUGGUGGAGGAUUGUUACUUUAUCGGUGUCGAACCAGGUGCAUUAAUUUUCCAGUUUGCAGCUCUACAAUGACAUUAACCGUGAUUCAUCUGAAAGUCAAACUUGGGAAUGGUGAUGUGAAAUAGAGCCUAAACGAAGGUUUUAUUUGAUAUGUAAGAGAAGACCUUUCAGGUGAGGAGAUGCAUUUGACAGACCAGUUGACAUUUUCUGAUUUGUAACUUUGCGGUAUGCUGACAUUUUCAUGUUAAUACGCCGAUUCUUUUACUGUUUCAUAAUCAGCCGGUAGGUCACGGUCACCAGCUCAAACAAAACAAAUCACUUUACUUUGGGGCCAUGCAGGAUUAAAGAAAUGUUGGACAUGUUAACAGAUCCCAGUUCAGUCUGUGGGCACAUGCUGAAAAGGCUAGAAAGACUGAUAUUUUGUUUUCCCUUUACAUUUGCACUCCAGUUUCUAUCGAAAUGAUCCUGAGGGAUUAAGAGGCAUCUCCGACAGUUGAAGUUCAUGCUAACGAGUCAUUAGAAGUAACUCUACAAAACCAGUGAAUUUUUAAUCAUUUUUAAUCCUUAAUUCUUCACACUGUCUCGGGGCUUUACUAAGACAACAAAGAAACAUAUUAGAAUGUUCACAAAGCAUCUUGGGUGAUUCCCAGUGUUCCAUGUUCUCAACAAUCCAUGUUUAUCACUCCUACAACGAUGCUUGAAGAUAUUAGUAUGAGUAAAUGUAGCUUGGUUUGAUUUUAUUAGGAUACAUUGAGUUGGCUUUGUUUCACUUAUAAACUAUAUGGACAAAAAUAUUGGGAUGCAUCAUGGCUACAGUUCGAAAGAUGUCCUGUCCAUGCUGAUUUGAGAUAGAAACAUCAAUAUUUCCUUAAAAUGUAAUGGGAGGUUUUUCUUCCUAAGUGAAAUGUGAAGAAAGUAGAUGGUUAGUUGUGGUAGAAAAUUAUAUUUACAGAGCCUGAAAAAUAUUUCAGGAAUUUGGAGAUAAAACAUUUAAAAUCAUAGUCAUGGAUAAAAAAAAAAAACCAAAACGAAAUCAAGGUUGGGAGAAGUUAAGUAAAAUCCGUCUCUAAGGCAUCUUGUAAGCAAAGAUAAUAAUUUAAACAAAACUAAGCAAUGCAACGCAAUGAUAUUUAUCACAAUAUAAAACUAUAUUCUGACAUUUAUCAUUAUUGUUUUAUAUCCCAGACCCCUGUUUGAAAAGGAACUCCUGAAUUCAAUGUGUCCCUAUACUUUUGUCCAUAAUAGUGUAUGAUCGACUGACUUGAGGCCAUCUUCUGUUUCAGUCAUCAGUUAUUUUUAUCAACUCCUGCAGACAGUCAAGAUGCUUUAGAAAACAGUUUGAGGAGAGCUCAUCAUUAAGCAGAAUGAACCGACUGACAGAACUUUAGGAACUGCCUGCCUUAUCGACAGUCUGAACAGGUAAUUCAGUAGCUGACCAGUUGACUGUGACUAAGUAACUGCCUGACUGUUCGGAUGGGGAAAAAAACAAUAACAAUAAACAAGGUUAUGGGGAGAUGGGAAAUGAUACCAGUGGGGAAUAACAGAUUAUUGUUGGGGAAAACAGCAAAUGAAGAAAAUGUGACCAUAAUUUUGUUCUUUAGAGGAAAAGAGGGUUUGAUGUAUGGACGAUCGUGUAUGUAAUGUUUUGUACAAUGUAAAUAGAUUUCUUUCUAAAGAACAUGAUGCAUUUUGUGAAGGGCCUUGAAUGAUGUUGUAAAUAUCUAACUUAUAACAGAGAUUUAAUAAUAUGGGCUAAACUGUGGGUGACAAAAAAAUAAAGACCUGAUUUUUA